AAAAAAACAAAAGUAAUGCAAAUGUCAAACCGAGGACGCCGCGUAUUUGCUAAAAGUUUAUUUAGUUAUCUUUUAUUGAAUUAGUGGUCUCAAAAGUGUAGUGUACCGGCCAAGAUGCCGAAUAAGUACUUUAUUUACGCCGGCGGGCGUUGGUGCGAGGUGGACACGCGGCGGGGCCGGGUAGAGGGCUUUCGACAACGCGCGCGUUUUUGCUACUUACGCGGCGGGAGGUUGGAAGUGGGGCGCACUGCGACUAUCCUGCGGGCGCUACGGUCACUGGCGGCUGGUGCCGGCGGCGCCGCGCGGGAUUCUGCGCCUCUACUUCACCGGCGACGUCAUAAGCCGCGGCGAGAGAGUGCGCGGGCGCACCGCUGCUGCUCCCAGCAUCCCCAUCACUCCAGAUGCGACGUAAACGCCAACGAGUUAGGUGACAAGCCAACCGCUAAAGCUGUCCAACCACAAGAGGCUUCCCCGCGCAAAAGAAAAAGGUCCUCCAGUGAGGAAUCACACACCAAAGCGAAGCAGAUUAAGAGCGAUGAAUUGACACAAAUAUCUAAGUCUCCGCAAAAGAAGGCAGUCGAAGACAAGGAGGAGCUAAUUGUGAUAAGUCUUUUAGAAGACAGCAAGGAAAAGAAGUCACCGCAAAAGAAAGCUGUAAAAGUACGAGACCCAGAACAAGAGAAACUAGUACAAAGUCUUCUAGAAAGCAGCUCUUCAGAAGACAUAAAGGAACAGACACAGUCACCGACCUUACCUGGACCAAGAUCACGCAAAGUUAAAGAAAUAGAAAGAAGUCCGCAGAAGUUGCAGAAAGCGAAGACUGUAGAUAGAGGGAAAGAAGAACAGAAGUUAGUGCAGUCGCUGCUGCAGACCAGUUCUGAUGAUGAACAGGUUCCGAACAAAUCCCCUAAACCUUCACCCAAGUCCCGGCCCCAAGCGGACUCGGACAGCAGUUCCUCGUCCUCAGCGCAGAAAGAGUUGUGCAAGGAGCUAGUGAUCGACGACCACGACGUGAGGGUGCUGCGCGGGUUCCUCGCCAGGACUGCGGGGGCUGACGACCUCAAGAGGUUUGACAAAGACGAGGAAUACAAAACCCGAGUGUUCUACAAACUGAACCCGCUGGUGUGCCUGAAACGGUGCGGGCCGCUAGAAAAGUUGCUGACACAGCGGCUCACUCUCAAGGAGUUUGCGAAACACCUGGGGCUGCGGAGCGUCGCUGACGUCACCCCGGAGAAGAGGUAUCGUAUGAGACACAGCACGCGAGAGGCGCGCAACACAGCCAGUAUAACCAGCGACAGUGAGAAAGAGAAGGUGAUAGCCGUCCAGCCGAAGCGGAGGCAGCUGUGGAACAGGAACAGAGAGCUGUUCGACAACUCCCCGUCGACCCUGUCCAGCGAGUUGAAAGUCAAGCCGCAGAUACACAGACCGGCCCGAAUCAGCUCCCGAGACACCACUGACAGCGACACAGAGGUCAAGCAACACAUCCGGAGGCAUCUUGAGAGACGGGCCAGUGCCAGGCUCAAUCCGGAGAGAAAGGAAACGAGAUCUAAUAAAAAUGAUGACUCUAUCGUUGUAGAGAGUAAUAGUGAUGAAACUAGUCAAUCCGGUAAUCAAAGACAAACUAGACGUAAGUCUAAAGGCACAGCAGAAGAUAAUGAAUCUAUGCUAGUUAGAGAUGAUAACAGUAGUAAUGCUGAUAGUAAUGAAAGAAAAAUUAGACGCAAGUCUAAAGGAACAAAGGAAGAUAAUCAAUCUGUGCUAGUUAGUGAUGAAAGUGAUAGUGUUGUCGUUCAAAAACAACGAAAAUCUAGAUGCAGAAUUAGAGAAAAGCGCAAAACUGCUGGUGAUGAAUCAGUGGUUAUUAGUGAUGAAAGUGAUAGCACUAAUGAAAGUGCUGGACGAAGUACUAGGAGGACGAGAUCUCAAGAUUCAGAAAAGAGAGUGCUAAGAGAACGCAACAAGUCUGUAAUUAUUAGUGAUUCAGAUAGAAUUCAAAAUCGUAGAAAUACUAGAACAAAGUCUAAUGAGACUGAUAAAAGGAAUGGUAAAUCUAUUCUAAUUAGUGAUAGUAACACAGAUGAAAAUCAGGUCAAGAAUGUCCGAACUAGAUCUAAAGAUCCUAAUAAAGACAUGAAAAAUAUUAAAGCAAAUGAUACCAAUGCAAAUAAAGAAAGUGAUAGGAAAACUAAAAAAGACGUCGUCAGCUCCCCUGGUACUAAAAAAACAACCAGGCCAUCCAUGAAGAUUAUAGAAGAUAAUUCUAAGAAUGACAAGGCAAAGAAUACGAAAAACGAUGAAAAAGAUAAAAUAGAAAAUACAUCUAAUAAAAGAAAAGAAGAAAAACCAGGGCCUUCCAGAAGAGAACAUAAAGAAAGUCCUAAGAAACCAGAGACCGGUAACGAUCAAGAUAAGUCAGAAAUAAGCGACAGUAGCGACGCAUUUGAGAAAUCUAAGUUAUCACAAAAUAAAUAUAAAGAGAAAAUAAAUGUAGGUAAGCUUUUGGAUAGAAGACGAUCAGCUAUGAAUAUGCCAAGAAAUCAUAAAGGGAAAUUCAUUAAAAGGCCAGAGAAUAGUGAUAAUAAAAGUAUAAUUAAUGAAAAAGAAAAUGCUGAUAAAGCGAACGAUGAUAGAGCUGAAAAGGCGGGUCAAAAAGAUAAAAAUAAAGGAAAUGACAAAAAUAGAACAGACACUGAAACUGAUAAGGAAAAAUAUAAAGUGUUAAAAGACAGAAUAGAUAGAGACAAGGAUGAAAGGGAGAGAAGAAAAGGUAGUAACAAUAAAAAGACUGAAAAUAUGGGCAAGGAAAAUGAUAGAAAAGCAGUCGCUCCUAGGAGCGUGUUUCUCAAACCUGUUAAAUUUAAGAAGUCUUGCGUGGCGAACGGACGUGAAUACACGUCAUUAGAAGACCACUCUAUAGUGGCGUGGAUAUCCGUCGGCAACCGGAUGCGGAUGGUGAAUGGCAACACCAUCUGGCGGGAGCUACAGAGCGAGUAUACACGCCUCACGUCGCAGACUCGUUCCUGGCACUCGCUCCGUAACCGCUACCUGCGCUACAUCCUGCCGUCCCUGGGCCAGCUGGCGCUGCCUCCGUCGCAGGUGUCGCGCCUGCGCGCCGCCGCGGCCGUCGGUGAGUUGGCUACUCGUCACACAGCGCGCUCCAGAUGUCGCAGCUCAUGGCACUCGCUCCGGAACCGCUACCUGCGCUACAUCCUGCCGUCCCUGGGUCAGCUGGCGCUGCCUCCGUCGCAGGUGUCGCGCCUGCGCGCCGCCGCGGCCGUCGGUGAGUUGGCUACUCGUCACACAGCGCGCUCCAGAUGUCGCAGCUCAUGGCACUCGCUCCGGAACCGCUACCUGCGCUACAUCCUGCCGUCCCUGGGUCAGCUGGCGCUGCCUCCGUCGCAGGUGUCGCGCCUGCGCGCCGCCGCGGCCGUCGGUGAGUUGGCUACUCGUCACACAGCGCGCUCCAGAUGUCGCAGCUCAUGGCACUCGCUCCGGAACCGCUACCUGCGCUACAUCCUGCCGUCCCUGGGCCAGCUGGCGCUGCCUCCGUCGCAGGUGUCGCGCCUGCGCGCCGCCGCGGCCGUCGGUGAGUUGGCUACUCGUCACACAGCGCGCUCCAGAUGUCGCAGCUCAUGGCACUCGCUCCGGAACCGCUACCUGCGCUACAUCCUGCCGUCCCUGGGUCAGCUGGCGCUGCCUCCGUCGCAGGUGUCGCGCCUGCGCGCCGCCGCGGCCGUCGGUGAGUUGGCUACUCGUCACACAGCGCGCUCCAGAUGUCGCAGCUCAUGGCACUCGCUCCGGAACCGCUACCUGCGCUACAUCCUGCCGUCCCUGGGUCAGCUGGCGCUGCCUCCGUCGCAGGUGUCGCGCCUGCGCGCCGCCGCGGCCGUCGGUGAGUUGGCUACUCGUCACACAGCGCGCUCCAGAUGUCGCAGCUCAUGGCACUCGCUCCGGAACCGCUACCUGCGCUACAUCCUGCCGUCCCUGGGUCAGCUGGCGCUGCCUCCGUCGCAGGUGUCGCGCCUGCGCGCCGCCGCGGCCGUCGGUGAGUUGGCUACUCGUCACACAGCGCGCUCCAGAUGUCGCAGCUCAUGGCACUCGCUCCGGAACCGCUACCUGCGCUACAUCCUGCCGUCCCUGGGCCAGCUGGCGCUGCCUCCGUCGCAGGUGUCGCGCCUGCGCGCCGCCGCGGCCGUCGGUGAGUUGGCUACUCGUCACACAGCGCGCUCCAGAUGUCGCAGCUCAUGGCACUCGCUCCGGAACCGCUACCUGCGCUACAUCCUGCCGUCCCUGGGUCAGCUGGCGCUGCCUCCGUCGCAGGUGUCGCGCCUGCGCGCCGCCGCGGCCGUCGGUGAGUUGGCUACUCGUCACACAGCGCGCUCCAGAUGUCGCAGCUCAUGGCACUCGCUCCGGAACCGCUACCUGCGCUACAUCCUGCCGUCCCUGGGUCAGCUGGCGCUGCCUCCGUCGCAGGUGUCGCGCCUGCGCGCCGCCGCGGCCGUCGCUGGCGCUGCCUCCGUCGCAGGUGUCGCGCCUGCGCGCCGCCGCGGCCGUCGGUGA